AUGGUGGUUCCCAAACCAGAUAAAUCCGUGAGACUUUGUGGUGACUACAAAGUCAAUGUAAAUCGAGUCAUUAGCGGAGAACAGUAUCCUUUAUCUAAAACGGAUGAUAUGUUUGCGACUCUAGCAGGAGGAGAGAAGUUAACAAAACUUGAUUUGCGUCAGGCAUAUUCUCAGUUGGAGCUGAGUAGUGACUCGAAAGAGUAUCUCACAGUGAAUACCCACUUAAGACUUUAUCGUUAUAGAAGACUAGCCUACGGGGUGUGUUUAUCUAGUGCCAUUUUCCAAGGAGUAAUUAACAAGAUUUUAAGCGGACUUCCGUAUGUAGUAUGCCGCAUUGAUGAUAUCCUGAUCAUAACUCCAGAUGAUGAUUCUCAUGUCAAGACCAUCCAAGAAGUGUUUCACCGUCUGCGAGAGCACAAAUGUAUCUUCAUGGCUGAUCAAGUGAUAUACAUGGGAUUUUUGUGGACAAACAGGGGAUGCAUCCUACAGAUGAGAAAAUUGCUGCAACACGUGAUGCUCCAAGGAUGUAAAGCAUGUGAUUCUCCGGCAUAUGACCUUGGAACUGUAGUGUCUCACAUUAUGGAUGCUGGAUCAGAGAGGCUCAUUGCCUUUGCUUCAAGGACUUUGAAUUCCAGUGAACGAUACCAGUACCAAAUACAGUAUCGAGCAUCACAGGAAAAUGGAAACUGUGAUUCAUUAUCGAAACUUCCUAUUUCAGAUAACCAGGCACAGGAAGAUUAUGAAGAAAUCUACUUCUCUGAACUGGAUGAUAUAGAACUUCCAGUUUCGAACACUGACAUUUAUAAAGCAACAAAGAUGGAUCCGGGGCUAUCUAAGGUACAUAAACUUACCUUAACUGGAUGGCCAAAUCACAAUGCAGAUCCAGAACUUCAACCAUUCUUUGAGAGGAGGAUAUCUUUGAGUGUAGAGCAAAGAGUUGUGUUAUUGGGAAUUCGAGUUGUGAUUCCUAAGACUUUGAUAAAGCGCAUACUCGAAGAACUUCAUGAGGAACACUUGGGAAUGUGCAGGUCACUAGCGCGUAGAUAUCUAUAG